AAGAGAGCGCGGAACCCCAGAAAAAGAAUUUUCCGUUGUACAGGAUAUGGUGCUUGCCAAAUGGUGUUCACACGAAGCGAACACCUAGUACGGCACACACGCAAACAUACAGGCGAGAAACCAUUCAGGUGUAUUGUGCCUGAAUGUUCUCGGAUGUUUAGUCGUUUCGAUAACAUGAUGCAGCAUACUCAAACACAUUCACAACGAGUCAUCAAAAAGCCUACAUCCUCCCUUUUAUCCUCACUACCUACUGUCUCUUCCUCGACUUCUUCCUCUGCCAAUCACCGUACCAAUCAAGAUCUGGGCACUCGUCUUUCACAAAAGCAAGUCCACAUUACCCAAGACGAAUUUGAAGCUUUACAAGGUUUCAGCUGUUUCCGCCACACAGAGACAUUUAUCGAUUCCUUACGAAGUCUAGCGGCUACGGCACGUAUCGAACCCAACCCGUAA